AUGGCUGACGAUGGAAUGUUAAUGAAUUUUGAGAUUGGAGAGGUACCAAUAGUUACCAAACAGUCAUUUAAAGGAGGACGUUGGAAGGAUCGAUUGGCUGCGAAGAAAACCGCACAGCACCGAGUUUCUAGGAGCACAAGUAAGCCCUCGACGAGAGAGAUAUUUUCCGAACGACAACAUGAUACUGGCGCUGAAGAGUACAUUGGUCGCGAGCCUUCAUUGAGGGCACCAAAGAGACAACGGGUUGACGAUAAUUACGAUUCUUACGGUGGAAGAAAUGAAAGUACAGCAGCUUAUGCUUCCGGGAAACUUCCAUCUGGCAGCAUAAAUCUAGGCCGGGGUAGGAAAACUACCUUCCAGGAAGAAACUAGGCCUGCAUUUGUUGCUGGUAAAUUACCCCCUGGUAGUAUCAACAUUAGUGGAAAGAAGGCGACCCCAAUUCAGGAAGAAACCAGGCCAGCUUUUGUUUCUGGAAAAUUACCUCCGGGAAGUAUAAAUUCUGGUGCAAGGAAGGCGAUUUCUUUCCAGGAAGAAAAGAAACCUGCUUACAUUUCUGGAAAGCUCCCACAUGGUAGUAUCGAUGGCAUGCGAAACCGUGAAAUGGCCGCUGUGCACCGCGAGAUCGCCGAAGGUGGGAGAAAGCCAGGCCAGGUUGUCUCGUCUCUAUUCACAUUCAAUCCUACUUCGAAGAAAAAGUUUGAUGAACCAGAAGAAGAAUCAGAACCGGCAAAACCGUCCAAUGCGCCUUUGACAGAGGAAAUGGCGACGUUCACAAAUCUAGGACUAUCGAGAAGACUUGCCGCCCAUUUAUCUACAAAACUUGAUAUGAAAGCCCCGACUGCAAUUCAAAAAGCAUCUGUGACGCAACUGAUAUCGGACGAUAGCGAUGCUUUUAUACAGGCAGAGACUGGAUCUGGAAAAACGUUGGCGUAUCUACUGCCCAUAGUGGAGCGAAUAUUGGCUUUGAGUGAUAAUGGGAUACAAAUACAUCGAGAUUCUGGACUUUUCGCCAUUAUUCUUUCACCUACGCGGGAAUUGUGUAAACAAAUCGCAGCUGUUCUGGAGAAGGUUUUACGCUGUGCUCCAUGGAUAGUUGGUACGACAGUCAAUGGAGGAGAAAGCAAACAAUCAGAAAAGGCUAGACUCCGAAAGGGUGUCAACAUCCUUGUUGCAACGCCAGGGCGAUUGGCAGAUCAUCUUGACAAUACCGAAGUGUUGAAUGUAGCUACUGUGAGAUGGCUAGUGUUGGAUGAGGGAGAUAGAUUGAUGGAACUUGGAUUCGAGGAAGAGAUUAAAGGUAUCGUUGAGAAAAUUGGUCGGAGAUCUGUGGCUAGUGGUAGUUCGGAAAUGAUGUCUCUUCCGAAGCGGAGAGUUACAAUUCUAUGCUCUGCUACGAUGAAGAUGAACGUUCAGCGCUUGGGAGAAAUCAGUUUAAAAGAUGCUGUACACAUUCAAGCGGAUCCAUCGGAACAAGAGAAACAAGACAAGGCGAAUGGUAUUGAAGCCGAUGAUAAAGCAUUCUCUGCCCCUACCCAAUUGAAGCAGUCAUAUGCUAUCGUUCCUGCGAAGCUCCGCCUUGUUACUCUAACGGCUCUCUUAAAACGUGCCUUUGCAAGAAAGGGAUCCGUGAUGAAAGCAAUUGUUUUUAUGUCUUGUGCAGACUCUGUCGACUUUCACUUCUCGCUCUUUUCUCGCAGCGCCGAGAAGUCAGCUGAAGCUUCAGAAGAGGGAAAGGUCGAUCCACCCACGCUGCCUAAGUCAGAACUGAUCAAAGAGACUAUUACGCAUGGAGCUACGAUUUCAAACAACUCCAACCCUGUAAUUUUACACAAGCUUCACGGAUCUCUUGCACAAAACAUUAGAACGGCAACGCUCAAGGCGUAUUCUGAAUCUGCCGAUCCUUGUGUUUUGAUAUGUACUGAUGUUGCAUCUCGAGGUCUUGACCUUCCAAAUGUUGACUUUGUCAUCGAAUACGAUCCGCCUUUCAGCGCCGAAGAUCAUCUGCAUCGUGUUGGACGAACGGCCAGAGCUGGUCGUGAGGGUCGUGCUUUGAUCUUUCUCAUGCCCGGCACCGAGGAGGAAUAUGUAUCUAUCUUGGCUUCCGGGUACCGUGAAGGAAGGAAGGCCCUGACACAUCACACUGCUGAAGAUUUGAUACAAAAGGGUUUCGGUGGUACGGGUCGCGAAUGGGAAGAGAGGGCUACGAAUUUCCAACUAGAGGUUGAGCGAUGGAGUUUAGAUUCACCAAGAUAUCUCGAAAUGGCACGUCGUGGAUUUCAGAGUCACAUCAGAGCUUAUGCCACUCACGUUGCAAACGAGAGACACAUAUUUAAUAUGCAAGAACUGCACUUAGGUCAUUUAGCCAAAGCAUUCGCCUUACGAGACAAGCCUGGAAGUAUCAAGGUACCAGGAUUAAGACCAGCGAAAAUGACAAAAGCAGACAGAAGUGUCGCGGCUAGGAAGGCGAAGAGAGGUGAAAAAGAAGAAGAGAAAGCUCCAGAGGGAGAAAGAGUACGGAAACAGAGGAAAAUGGAGUUGGAUCUACCUACUGUGGAUAGUAAUGAGGUUGCCGCGAGGAUGAAGAGGAAGAUGAAGGAACAUAUGUCUGCCGCGAGUGAGUUUAACAUUGGUUGA